AUGAAUGAGCGAGGCAGGGAGGAGCGAGGCAAGGAAAAGGAGCGAGCGCCAUCUCCUACAGGUUCCAGACGGAGAAAAUGCAGUAGAGGUAGGUCGCCCAAAUCCAUUCCAGAUCGAUGUUUCGACAGGAUCCGAGCUGAGGGCUUCAGCAUUUUCGUUGGAAAUCUCCCAUUUGACUACACGGUGGAGGAUCUACACAAAAUCUUUGGCCACUACGGUAAGGUGAUUGAUGUUUACAUCCCUCCCUUCCCUGGCACUAGGAAAUCCAAGGGUUUCGCAUUUGUGCAUUUCCACUAUGCGGAUGAUGGCAGAGCUGCGAUAGGAGUGCUUAAUGGAAGGAAAAUAGAUGACAAAGAGGUUAUUGUCACGGAGGCAAAGCCGAGAACCCGAGCUCUAAAGAAGAACCCCCUUACCAAGCAGGCCUCGGCAUCUCGAUCUAAGGCAGGCAGCAAUGCGGAGGCAGUGAAAAAUGGUGGUUCAUCGCAGUCAUCAUGGAACCAUCGACAACCCCAGCUUCAAAGCCCCAAUAUUAUCACGGUGGCAGAUCCCGAUACGGUUACCAGGAGGUUGAAAGAACUGAAAUUGGGGUUGAUAGGCUAG